AUAGGAGAGUACACACCACAAAGGAAGUGGACUUAAGAUAAUUAAACUUGACAAAAAAUAACAAAAAAAGAAAAGCUUAUUUCAGUUUGAAAUUUUAAUUUUUUUUUUUUAAUUAAAUGACCGAUACCAACGAUCUCGUUGACUUGGCUCCACCAUUAAAAAAAAAAAAAAAAACCACAUAUAAGUUUAUCUUUUUGAGUAUAUUUAUUAUGAUGAUUGUUGGCAAAGAAAACUUAUAUAUUUUCUACGAGAGUAAGACAAACCACAAAUUUUUGAACCUCAAAGAGACGAUUUGUUUAUAUUUGAAGUCAUGAAAUAUGGGGUUUUGUUUAUGGUUUCUUGUGGUGUCAUGUUUCUUAUUCUAAGCCAUGUUGAAGGUAAUUUUUUUCUUAUUUUGUGUUAUCAAUUGUUUGUAUAUAUAUUUUCAUAGCCUAACUUUUUUGUGGUUGAUAACACAAUAGAAGCUGACGCCAUGAAAAAGUUUGGGUGCAACACUACACACCCAUUCCCUGGAAAAUGCGGAAAUAAUGGAAAGAGUUCUUGCGUAAGUGACAUGAAAAAGCUUCCUAGCGCGCCAAAAAAUCGUAAUAUACGUUGCGAAUGUUCUGACCGUCCAAGUUUAGCUUGGGGUAUGCCUGGCGAGCGUGUAUGUAGAUGUCAAUAUGACUGUUAAAAUUUAUAAUAUAUCCAUAACUAAAAGAA